GGCUCCUUUCGGCUCCCCUCGGCUCCUUUCGGUUCCCCCCGCUUCCCUUCGUUCCCUCUCGUCUCUUUCCGUCUCCCCCCGUCCCCCCUCGUUUCUCCCAUCCCGGUAAUGGCGGCCGGUCGCCGCUCCCCGCCGUGUCGGUGCUGCUCUCCCCGUGUCGCGGUGCCCAGCGUUCACCAGAGCCUGUCUGAGAUGGACUUCGAGCGGGGGAUCUGGGCGGCAGCUCGGGACGGCGACGAGCAGCGGGUGCUGCAGCUGCUGGAGCGGAGCGGGGAGCCCAGCCGGCCCGACACGGCGGGAUACACGGCGCUGCACUACGCCAGUCGGAACGGCCACGUGUCGGUUUGCCGGUUGCUGCUGCAGCGCGGGGCUCAUUGCAACGCCCGAACACACGGCGGGGCCACGGCGCUGCACCGGGCGUCGUACUGCGGGCACGUGGAGGUGGCGCGGCUGCUGCUGGAACACGGAGCUGAACCGGGGGCGGCCGAUGGGGACGGACGGACCAGCCUCCAUAAGGCGGCGGAGCGCGGACACCGGGAGCUGUGUGUCCUCCUGCUGCAGCACAGCCCCGGUUUGGUGGCAGCUCGUGAUGCCAAAGGACGGAGCGCCCGGGAUACGGCCCACCCCGCGGUGUGGGACCUGCUGGACGGAGCUGCCCGGAUAGAUGGUGCCCCUCCAGCAGCACCGAUCGCUUCAUAAACAUCACGAACGCAACAAAAAGGCCUAAAGAACGAGCGCGGCUCCUCGCUCGGUACCGUCCCGAGCCCAUAAACCCGCAUUGACUCAAUACGGUACCGGGAUCCGAACCGAGCGCUGGCCCUUUAAGGCCACACCGCUACUUCCGCUUCCGCAUUCUAUCCUCACCCUCCCAACCAAUCAGCGGCAGUUUUGUUAGCUCCCUCAUUCCUCUCAACCAAUCGGAGAGCGCCACCCCCUCACCAUCGCGGCGCUGUAAACAAGGAUUUAAAGGGGCCGCGUCCCAUUUUUACCCUUUCACCCCCCCCCAACCGGAACGUUCCGAACCGCCACAAAGAUAAAGGAUUUUAUUAAACCAACCGACAUCAAAUAAAAUAAAGUUCCUUAAUCCACAACCCGGACUGAGGGGGGGCUGCAAAGGGCCCGACCCCCCCCACCCCAUAAUAUACAAAUCAAACCAGAAAAUAAAUACAGAUUGUAGAGCUGGGAGGGGGGGGGGGGUCGUUGCAUAGAGGAAGAUUGAAUAAAAAAAGGGGUUUUUUUGUUUUAAUAUCACCGUGGUUCAUUAUUAUUAAUUAUUAUUAAUUAUUAUUAUUAUUCCCGGCAGCACAACCCGGCCCUGAUCGUCGCGAUGUGAUUAAUGUCAUUAAUCCCCCCCCCCCAUACACACCCC